CAGCAUCUUCCAGGGGCCUUGCUGCUGCCCAGCUAAGCUCCAGGGUCGGGGGCCCUGCCCUGAGGGGCUCUUGCCUGGAGCUUGUGGGAGUGGCCCGCCAGCAGCCGGGACAACCGGAGGGUUCCUCGAUGUGUGUACAAGAGGUGCACGUGCUGGGGCUGCGUCUGGAGUGACCCAGCUCUGCCUCAGUUUAGUACUUUGCUGACCGUGUAGAGUCAUCAUCACCAGAACGGUGUCGCAGCACGGUGGAGCAUCGCUGGGGGUGUUCUCAGGUCAUGGGCUUCCCCCCGGUCCUGGGUGGAGGACGAGACUGUGACAUAGGAGCAGGUGCCUUGGGGAACCCAAAAGGGGUCCGGCCUGGCUGGGGACGGGCAGCCUCCUUGAGAAGUUUAAGGGGAGGCCCGAGUGAGCAGCGGGGUCCCCAGGUGGCUAAGUCGGGUGGGGAGCCAGAGUGAGGAAGGUGCUCUGGGUGCAGAGCUGGGCUCCAGGCAGUCGGCGGCCUGCGCAGAAUGCUGGCCGCCUCGGGGGUCUUGACCCGGGGCUGGGACACACAGACCCUGUGCGUUCCCCUUGAGAGGCGCAGAUUAGAGGGGCUGCGGCCAUGGGGGCGGUCUGUCCUGGGGCCCCUGGUGUGGUGCGUCUGGUUGGUGCUCCGCUCUCACGUCACGGCCCACUGAACCUGGCCUUUUGUCUGGCACCUGGUGGCCCCCUUCCCUCUGACUGGUCGUGCCUGGAUUUUCUGCUGUUCCGUCCACUCUCGGUGGCCAGAGGUGCUUGGGGCCUGAGUCGAGAUUCUGCCAAAAGACUGCGUUUCGUGCCGGGGGUCAUCUACGUGGAUGAGGGAGCGGCUUGUGGGCAGAGCCCGGAGGACAGAGCAAAAACUGUGGCUGAACUGAAGCUGAUCCUGCAGACCCUCGGCUUCCCGUGGCACAUUGUCGCCUUGGAGGAGGUGUUCGGUCUGUCGCCGUCGGUGCUGCGCUGCUCUGCCCAGGAGCCGGUGGGGGCCGUGGGGACCUACAAGGUGGCUGUGGAUAGUUUCCUCCAGCAGCAGCACACGCUAGGGACCGAGAGGGCAGGGGGCAGCCCCAGCCCCACCCAGGGAGAGGAGCGGCUGUGCCCGCCUGGCACCCAGGAGUCCCAGGACCCGGCGGGGCCACCGCCAGCCGCCCAGACCGAGGCUCUGUCCCGACUGUUUGGCUCCAUGAAGACGCUGACGGCCAAGGAAGAGUUUCUGCACACCCUGCGGACGCACCUGAUCCUGCACGUGGCCCGGACCCAUGGCUACUCCAAGGUGAUGACAGGAGACAGCUGUACUCGCUUGGCCAUCAAGCUCAUGACCAGCCUGGCGCUGGGCAGAGGGGCCUUUCUCGCCUGGGACACGGGCUUCUCAGAUGAGCGUCACGGUGAUGUGGUGGUGGUGCGGCCCAUGCGCGACCACACGCUGAAGGAGGUCGCUUUCUACAACCGCCUGUUUGCUGUGCCCUCCGUCUUCACCCCCGCCGUCGAUAGCAAGGCCCCCGAAAAGGCCAGCGUCCACCGCCUGAUGGAGGGCUUCCUGCUCCGGCUGCAAGCCCAGUUCCCGUCUACCGUCAGCACAGUGUACAGGACGAGUGAGAAGCUAGUCAAGGCCCCCCGCGACGGCUGUGCCGCUGGCCCCCGCUGCCUGCUCUGUAUGUGCACGCUGGACGUCGACGCUGCUGAUAGUGCCACGGCUUUCGGGGCCCAGACCUCCGGUUUCUCCCAGACGCAGCCUCCCACCCCGCGGGCUGGAGCACCCACAGAGGUGGGCGGCGCCCAGGACCGCUGCCAGGGGGCUGGGCCCUGCGGGAGCGAGGACUCCCGAGCCCGCGUCAUCGAGCAGCUGUGCUAUGGCUGCCGUGCGAACAUGAAGGAUGUGCCCUCCUUGGACCUCCUGCCACCCUACAUCUUGGCCGAGGCCCAGCUCCGCAGCCAAAGGGCCUCGCAGGAGAUCCAGGAGUAUCUGGUGGAGAACAGUGCUGAGGAGACGCAAACCGCCGAGAGCUGAGCCUGGGGCCACCAAGAGCCGGGGGCGCGGAUCGCAUAAAUAAAAAUACUUUUAAUUAGAAAACCCUACAGUACUCGUGGGGAGGGGAAGGCUGGACGCCCCAGCCCAGCGUGCCGGCCGCGUGGGGCCCUCGGGGACGAGGAGGUGCCCUGAGCCGGGCGGGGGAGGGGCCACAGCUUCCUUCCUUCGUUCCGGCAGCAGCAUCGGGGCCCGGCGCUCUGCUGGGCGGCUCCUUCCUGCCUGGGUGUGGGGCCCCGGCUCCUACUCCUUCUCGCGGGUCCACUUGAUCAUGGUCUCGGGCGAGCGGUACAGGAAGAUGAGCUUGGCGUAGAGCUCCUCCUCCAGCUCCAGCUCGCGCGUCUCCCGCACCAGGAAGAUGUCCUGGCAGAGCUUGAGGAUGCGGUCCACGCAGGGCAGCUCCUCAAACAUGAUGGAGUGGGAGAUCUCGCUGAAGAAGCCACGCACGAACUUGCCGAUGACCAGCACGAUGGACACGUAGAGCCCCAUGAUCCUGCCGGGCGGGGGCGGGGUGAGUCCCGGGCCGCGGAGGCUGCAGCCGCCGCCCGUCUGCCUUCACGCGCAGCACACUCACCCGUAGCCGGCCAGGAAGCCGAGGCUGGGCGGGCUGACCUUGUCGCUGAAGAUGACCAUGGGGAGCAGGUUGCAUUCGGCCUGGCAGUCCUGCAGCUCGAUGACCCACCACUCCAGGAAGCCGGCGGCCCCCGAGCCCACGCGCUCCCUCCGCAGCUGGAUGCGCACUCCGAGGUAGUCGGCCUCCUCGUCUGGGGCAGAGCCAGGGUCCGUCAGGGCCCCCACCCUUGCCCGGGGUGGCGCCAACCCCCCACUCGCAUGCACUCGCUGUCACACACUCACUGGGCUGCAGCUGCUUCACGGGGUUGGCCUCGGGCCCGUUGGGAGCGCGGAUGUACUUGGGGAAGAGAUUGGGGAUGACCCUGUGGGGAGAAGGCGGGGGAGUCAGGCCCAGCGCCGCCCCCCCCCCGUUCCCUCCCCCACUCACACCCACUGGUCCCAGGUGCCCUCCGGCAGGCCCCGCCCCCCAGCGCUCUCCCCCACUCACACCGACUGGUCCGAGGUGCCCUCCAGCAGGCUGGCCAGCUGCCUCCGCUCGCUGCUAUUGGCAGCCAGGUCCAGGGUGUGCUUCUCGUUGGUGUACUCCACGGUGCCGCCCUUGGCCAGGUCCCUGCGGGCCAGGACACCGCGUGACCCACCGCGGGCCACCCCCCACCCGGGUCCCGCCCCAGCCCGGGCCGCACCUCUGGAAGUUCCAGGUGAAGCGCAGGGUGAUGUCGGCCGUGCCAUUGUACAGCUCCCGCUUCAUCUGGGCCCGGCUGGGCGGGCUGAUGCGCCACAGCGCCCCCGAGCUGCCCUCGAUCUGCGCCGUGACGAUGUCCUCGGGGCUGUACUGGCUGAUGAACUGCAUGGCCAGCUGGGCCCGGGGCGGCACUUGAGCGAGCGGCGGCCCCCUCCACCCCGCCCCCCGCCCCCGCAGGUGCAGCCCGGGGCCCACUCACCGGGUUCGGGUCGAAGUGUCUGGACAGCUCCUCGUAGGCCUGUUGCGUGAAGGGCACGAUGGACGGCUGCUGCGCGCUCAUGGUGAACAAGGGCUGCGGUGGGGGGACGGCGUGACGCUGCAGGGAGCCGCUCGGCCCCUGGCUGCCAGCGCCGCGUGGAACUCUAAAGACGAGUGACGUGGGGCUGGCCCGCCGUCCUGCUCCCCGGCUGGGACAGACCGGUGGCUCACCUCGUAGCCACCCAGCUUGAGGGUGACGGUGACGUCGAUCGGCUGGUUGACGACGCCGACCACGGAGCGCACCAGGGACAUAAAGAGCAGAGGGAACCAGAUGAUGGCCACGAGGAACAGGAUGAUGAGCCCGCCCAUGCCGUACUUGACCACCUUCUUCUUCUUCUGCCCCUUGGGCUGCGGGUAUUUCUGGGGGGGCGGGGUGUGGGUCAGGGCCUCAGCUCUGCCCGCCCCCCGCCCCCUGCUGCUCCGGGGGCCGUCCUCACGCGGCCACAGCCUGGAACGGCACUUAGUGUGGCCUCUGCGUGCACAGACACCGGCCAGGUACAGCCGAGAACCCAGAAACAGACCCUGGCGCCGAGCGAGGAAAGGAUAGGCUCGUCAACGGUUGUGCUGGGACAAACGGACACCGACACGCCAGAGAGAUGGGACGGUCAGUAAAACUGCCAGGGGCAAAGUUUCAUUCCUCAGGAUCUGGUGAGAGAUUCUCAGACCUCACACGAGCACGAGCACCAGCCGAAAACUGGACGUCAGAAAAGACUCCUGUGUUUCAGGGGAGGGGGAGAGACCGUAGAGAGAGAGCCCGCAGAACGGGAGGCUUCGGGGCAAAUCCUGCCUGAGAGGGGCUAUAGCGUCCAGAACAGAAGUUCUUGUAAGUCAACGAUAAGACGACAGACAACCCAGGGACGCGAGGGGCAGAGCAGACGACAGGCAUGGGAGAAGAGUGUCACCAUCACGAGCCAUCAGGGCCACCAGAACCAAGACUGCACUGAGGCGGUCACUCUCAGUCACAAGUGCGGGCGAGGACGUGGGGAGACCAGCAGCCCCCACGCCGCAGGGGGUGGGAGCGGGGCGGCCGAGGGGCCGAGGCAUCCACAGCAACACUCGCUGCGACCAACAAAACAGAAGCCCAGCCUCCUUCACAGUUUGGAACGGUGGCGCGUGAUAAAAAGCUGCUCGGCCAUGCAAACCCCAAGUCCUGACACAGGCCACGCGGACGGCGCCUUGAACCCCCUAGAAUGAAAGAAGCCGGACCCGGGCUAUGGGGCACGUGACUGCAUGUGCACGAACCUUCUGGAACAGGCAAAUCCCUGCAGCGAGGGGUUCUGGCUGGAGCGCCGGGCCGGGUUUAGACCCGAGGGGCCAGUGGCACAGCUCUGUGACCGUGCUACGCGUCGCUGAAUUGUACAGGUGGAUGGGGCAGGUUCUGCGCCCACCGUCCCCCAGUAAAGCUGCUAACGGGA